AGACGAUAUACUGACAUGUGCCAACAUGUCAUAAAAACGUGUCUAUUUUAUAAAAAUUGACAUAUAGAGUCAUCAAAGAAAGUUGAAAAUGCGCAGCAGUUUGUGGAAAUAUGUAUCAUUACUUGUUGCACUUGCUGCAUAUUGCUCUGGAGACGAUCCUAGUGUUUCAGAAAAACGGCCGUUCCAAAAUUCCACCUAUUUGGUAGAAGUGAUAAAAGAAGACACAAAGGAAAGAGUAGCCGUGGGUACCCUGGUGUCUCCUACUCGAGUCUUGACUUUAGCGAAGCCAUUGGUUCUCGACCCCUCAAGGUAUGCAGUCAAUCAACAGGUUAAAGAACGAAAAAAACGAUUUCUCAUUACUGCAAAGGUCCUGUCGAUAACAGUAAUAGAAGCAUCUACACUGGCAAAACCAAGAAUGAACCUGAAUGUUGCUCUCCUAACCAUAUCAACAAAUCCUCGGCGCCGGCUUCGUUCAUCCCGAUUACUUCCAUCCUCAUAUGUCAAUCUGUGGUCAGUGGAGAACGAAUACGAAAAGGAGAAAUUGGAGAAAUGGAUUUUAGUGAAGCAACUACGGGAGCAGGAUGAACUCAUUGCUUUAGGGCUUCGCCCACCACGGAUACCGGUGAACCUAUUAAGUGCUGCGGAGAAACUGGUUUUAUUGCAGAAAAUGCAGGAUGAGGAGCGAUACCUUGCUCUAAAAGCUUCUUUAGAUCUCUUUCCCGUGCCGAGCCCAUCAGAUCUUUUUUUGAUGAACCGCAUGCGCAAGCUGCACCCCGCGCCAAAAAAAUUAAUAGGCGCACCUUGUAAAAAAGCCACAGUUUUAGGCUGGAAACAAAGCGCUACGGUGGAUCUACUUGGAGCGAGGAAGUGUGCAGAACAAUUCAACAUUCAGUUAAAUGAAGGACAAUUCUGUAGCUUGAACGCGGAAAAUUUAUUUUGCGAUGCAAAUCAACAAGGCAGUCCAGUCAUGUGCGGCAAUUUCCAAGUUGGUAUAUUGAUUCCUGGGCGUUACUGCAACGGAACUGACAACGGCCCACCUGGAGAGCCACUUCAGUUUUCCCCCAUCGCACAUUACAUGGAUGGCAUCACCAAAGCUAUGAAACCACGAAAUAAUGAAAUACCGCCAUCAAAUGAUGAACCAACACUAACAACUUAUAGCGAGGGAAUUUGCUUGAAACCCUAUACAAAUAUUUUUGUUUUAUUAUUGAUUGCUAAAUUAUUGUGAAAUUUUUUUGAAACAAUAAAUAUCCAUUUACAUCUGAA